AUGAUAAAAUUUUUUCUUAUGGUAAACAAACAAGGUCAAACAAGGCUCUCUAGGUAUUAUGAGCAUGUAGAAAUUAAUAAAAGGACAGUGCUGGAAGCUGAAGUAAUCAAAAACUGUCUCUCCCGUUCAAAGGAUCAGUGCUCCUUCGUUGAGUAUAAGGACUUUAAGCUGGUGUACCGACAGUAUGCAGCCCUUUUCGUAGUGGUUGGAAUCAAUGAGACAGAGAAUGAGAUGGCAGUAUAUGAACUAAUUCAUAAUUUUGUGGAAGUUUUGGACAAAUACUUCAGCAGAGUGAGUGAAUUAGAUAUCAUGUUCAACUUGGAUAGAGUGCACAUCAUUUUGGAUGAAAUGGUGCUAAAUGGCUGCAUCGUGGAAACAAACAGGAACAGAAUUCUUGCCCCUCUGUUUGUGCUUGACAAAGUGGCAGAAAGCUAG